CUUUUUUUUUUCAUUUCCACUGCAUUGCCACUAUAAGUAGUGGCAGUAGCUUAAUCAGUCAGAAACUAGGCACCAAACCAUCACUUCACUCCCACCCGCAACGCUUCUCCUCCCCAUCUAGCACCAUCACCACAGCGGCCGCCCACCAGAACCGUGCGCGCGCGGGGCCAUGGCCGAGAAGCCGCCUGUGGCGCCGAAGCCGAAGCCGAAGCCGCCUGUGGCGCCGAAGCCGAAGCCGCCAGGUGGGGCGGCAAGGCCGACGGCGCCGCCUUUCAAGAAGCCCCAGCUCGCGCCGCCGCCGCAGGUGCUCCCGCUGAAGCCGCCGCCGGCGCACCUCUACCGGUACCGCCAGCAGCCGGCGGGCGCCCGGAAGCACCGCCGCGGCGGCGGAGGCGGGUGCUCCUGCCGCCGCGUGUGCUGUCUCGCCACGGGGUUCGCCCUGCUCGCGCUCUGCCUCGCGCUCGCUGCGGCCUGCCUCGCGUACCUCUACUACCGCCCGCGCGCGCCGUCGUUCCACCUCCAGCCGCUCUCCCCCGUGCGCCUCCGCCUCGGCAACUCCUCCGCGGUGUCCUCCGUGGACGCCACCGUCGGGGCCAGGGUGGUGUCCUGGAACCCCAACGAACGGAUCGCGUUCCGGUACGGCGACGGCGAGGGCCGCGUCGCGCUUGCGGACGCCGACGGGGACGUCGCGCUCGGGUGGGCGCCAGUGGCCGGGUUCGAGCACACCGCGCGGAGCGUCGCCGCGGUGGCGUUCGUGGCGACCUCCAAGGGCGUGGUGGUCGACGAGGCCGUGGCGGCGCGCGUGCGCGACAGGUACCGGCGGCGGCAGCUGGCCUUCAACGUGGUCGUGGACGCCCACGUCGGCGUGCGGGUCGGGAAGGCGCGCACCGGCAUGGUGCCGCUCAGGCUGCUCUGCGACGGCGGCGUCAUGGCGCCGCGCGGUGGCGGUGGCGCCGGGAGCAUGGUGGGGCCCAUGAGCAAGUGCCAGGUGUACCUGUUUAGAGUAAGAUGGUUUAGUUUGAACUGAAGGCGCAUCCAGGACAGGAGGCUGCUUAGAGAUCAUCGAGCUGAUUGAUACCACUGGCGCCGAAGCUGCAGACGCUGUAACUUCUCUGCGUGUUUUGCCGACAACAUAAUGAUGAUGAUUGGUUUGCUCGGAAGUUGAUUGGUGGCGAUACAGUACGUCGUCAUCGAUGGUUCUGAAUAUAUAUGCAUGGUCUAAACUCUCUGAAGCAUGUAGUAAGAGUUAAAGAAACAAGUUUGUAAACUGUAUAUUACACUCCCAGCUCCCAAUUCUUUUGAUUGUGUGGUGUAUAGAUAGCAAGAAUGAAAUGAACAGUAUGUGUGUGUUCUUGGCACUUGGCACUUGCAAUCGUUGUUCAAUAUCAUAACUGGUAAAUGA